AUGGACAACCAGGGGAACCGGCUGUACCUCAACAUUGCCAACAGCGGCGCCAACAACUCGAGCAACGCCAGCCGUCUAGGUCCUGGGCCCGACCGAGCUGCAUACCCAACCACUCCCUCCACAUUCCCACAGCCCGUGUAUCCCCCCACGGCAAACCAGCAGGCCGCAUCCAGUGCUUCUGGUAUGCAGCAGCAGCAACAGCAGCAGCCCUACGGUUACGCUCCCCAGGGCUACUUCAAUCCCAACCAGCAGCAGCACUACCAGGCCGCCUACUCAGGUCAACCAAUGCCUACCCAUCACCAGGACUUUGCCCAGGCCUAUGGCCAAGGACGCUCCAACACUCCAGGUGCCAGCAACGACCCAAACACCGGUCUUGCCCACCAGUUCUCCCACCAGAACCUCGGCGGCGCGGCUCGCUCAGGCGGCUAUGGCUCGAGGGGUCCUUCUCCAGCCGGCGCUCAGCGGCCUCGAACUGCUGGUGGUUCCGGCCAGCAGCAGAACUACAGCUACCUGAACGCCCCCAUGCCCUCCCAGCCCGGCUCCAAGGGCGGCAAUGGCGAAUUCGAGGUUGCUCCUGAGCGCAAUCCCGACAAGUUUGGCUCCAAUGCGAACAACAACCAGAAGAAGUGCUCCCAGCUUGCCGCAGACUUCUUCAAGGACAGCGUCAAGCGGGCCAGGGAGCGCAACCAGAGGCAAAGCGAGAUGGAACAGAAGCUGUCUGAGCCGAAUCAGUCGCCAGCCCGCAGGGAACAGAUAUGGGCCACCGGUGGCCGCCGCGAGGGUUCCUACCUACGUUUCCUCCGAACCAAGGACAAGCCCGAGAACUACAACACAAUUAAGAUCAUUGGCAAGGGAGCUUUCGGUGAGGUCAAGCUGGUGCAAAAGAAAGCAGAUGGCAAGGUCUACGCUAUGAAGUCCCUGAUUAAGACGGAAAUGUUCAAGAAGGAUCAAUUGGCGCACGUCCGAGCCGAGAGAGAUAUCCUUGCCGAGAGCGACAGCCCUUGGGUGGUAAAGCUGUUCACGACCUUCCAGGACGCUCACUUCCUCUACAUGUUGAUGGAGUUCUUGCCCGGUGGCGAUUUGAUGACCAUGUUGAUCAAGUACGAGAUCUUUUCGGAGGAUAUUACGCGCUUCUACAUUGCCGAGAUCGUCCUCGCCAUCGAUGCCGUUCACAAGCUGGGCUUUAUUCACAGAGAUAUUAAACCAGAUAACAUCCUGCUCGACCGCGGUGGACACGUCAAAUUGACCGACUUUGGCUUGUCGACCGGUUUCCACAAGCUCCAUGACAACAACUACUACCAACAGCUCCUGCAGGGCAAGUCGAAUCGACCUCGUGACCGUAACUCCAUCGCCAUCGACCAGAUCAAUCUGACCGUGUCCAACCGCGCGCAAAUCAACGACUGGCGACGGAGUCGAAGAUUAAUGGCCUACUCCACAGUGGGAACGCCUGAUUAUAUCGCCCCCGAAAUCUUCACGGGCCAUGGCUACAGCUUCGACUGCGAUUGGUGGAGUUUGGGAACUAUCAUGUUCGAAUGUUUGGUGGGCUGGCCACCUUUCUGCGCCGAGGACAGCCAUGACACGUACCGUAAGAUUGUCAACUGGAGACAAAGCUUGUACUUCCCCGAUGAUAUCACACUCGGCGCGGAGGCGGAGAACUUGAUACGAAGCCUGAUCUGUAACACCGAGAACCGUUUGGGUCGCGGCGGUGCUCACGAGAUCAAGGGCCACGCCUUCUUCCGUGGCGUCGAAUUCGACUCGCUCAGACGCAUCCGGGCUCCGUUCGAGCCACGCCUCACGAGCAACAUCGAUACGACAUACUUCCCCACGGACGAGAUCGAUCAAACCGACAACGCGACUCUGCUUAAGGCGCAGCAAGUCCAGGCCGCCAAGGCCGUGGGUGUUGUGGAGGAGAGUCCCGAGAUGAGCUUGCCUUUCAUUGGAUAUACCUUCAAGAGAUUCGACAACAACUUCCGAUAA